AGAACUCUCUUCACUGCGACUGCCGACUGCGGGAGCUGGCCACCUACCUCUCCGACAGCAGCGCCUGGCUGGAGGACGAGGAUGUGAGACAGAUCACCUGCGCAACGCCCACCGCACUGGAGAACGCACCGCUGGUGGACCUCAAACGCGAUCAGCUGACCUGCCGCGAGCCUCCGACCGGCCCGCCCGACUCCGACUCCGACACCGACUCCGACUCGGAUGACGUCAUCCGGCUGGAUUCUGCCCAGCUGACUCCCGGUGGCGACGGAGUCCGACUCCGAUGGAGUGUGGCACCCAGCCUGUCUCCGUACCGCUGUGACCAGGUGGCGCUAGCGUCGCGACCCGACUCGGCGCAGCCGUGUGAGACGCUCGAGUCGACCGACCCGACCGAUCUACAGGUGGCGCUGCGGUCGGUGGACCUGUCGGCCGGCGAGCAGUACCAGUUCUGUGUCACCCUGAGGCAGCUGUUGUCCGGUGUGGAGCUACCUCUGCCCUCUGCGUGUCAGUGGGCGGAGCUGACUCCAUCUCCAGCGACCCUCCCGCGGCUGGAGAGUUUAUCUGCGGAGGUGGCCUCUGGAGGUCGAGUUGCGGCGCAUCUGAGCGUCACCCCUGAGGAGGGUAGGGAUUUGGAACACUGCGCCGUGACUGUGGUGGUACUGGGGCCGCGCGGGCCCCUCUCAGCCGUGGAGGCGUCCUGUGCGGUACGGCGUGUGACACUGUGGGCAGCCGUGGGAGCGGGUACGGUUCGUGUGUGCUCCACGGAGCCGUACCACUCCGCAAUCGCCGUCGACAGCUCACGGGUGGUGGACGCCGGCGCGAUGGUGGCGUCCUCUGCACCGCCGCUGCGCCGCUGUGUGCAGGUGCACUCCACAGAGGGCGCUGGGUGGUGGCAGGCGGCAGCGGCCGGCGCGGCGGCGCUCGCGGCGGUGGGCCUUCUGCUCGGCUGGGUGCUCUACCGGUGGAGACGCAGCCGCUGCUCGCCCGGGCGAGCGGGCCGGAAGAGACUCGAGUCGAGCGACUCUGCCCCCAGCGAGUUUGUGGACGCGGGAGAGAGCGACGAAGACGAGGAGACGGACCUUCCCGUGUGAUGAACGCUGAGAGAGAACUGCGGUACAGACUUCAGACCUCCCAAGGGUACCGAUGGGGCAGACCCAUGGGUCAAACAGAGUCCCUCGUCAAUGACGGCUCGUCAUCAAGCUCCUGGAGCUCAGACUUGGCCCGUUCGGAGCUCGGGACUCAUCCCUCAGAACGUUUCUCAUGACAAAGCGAGCUGUGUUCUGGUCAUUGAAGGCAGAGACGUUGUUCGAUGAACUAGUCUUCGUGUGUUUGUGAGCUGCAGGCAGCGCCAGUGAUGCAGUGGUGAGCAGUGGUGCCACAGCAGUGAAAUCGAGACUGUUCAGUGUUCACUGCGGUAGACGUAAGAAUAGCUGCGACAUGACUAUAUGAGUGUGGGUUCUAAGUCAUAUAUGUAAUUGAUGAUCAAGUGUCGUGAUCAUAGAUAGAUAUAUAUUGUGUGAAGGACAUAUUAUUUGAACUUGCCAAGGGUAUUUGUAGGUUGUUUUAAGCGGAAAGCUACAUGCUUUUUCCAUUCAAGCGUUUCGUUUUCCACAAUUUUACAAAUGACGGUGAAGCGAUUGGUUCGGAAAUGUAAUUGGCACAAAUGUGCCUUAUUAUCGUAGGUAAUCUUCCUAAUUUUAUAUGUUCAUGUUGAGGUGUUCCUGUUUUUGUCGUGUUGAAGGAAAGGGCGUCAAUUGUAAAAAAGUAAAUAAUACUGAAAAAUAGAUAACCGUUAACACUUAACACCGGUUGGACUAAACUUGGUCUUGCGUGCCUAUCUUGUUUGUAAUUCACGGUUUGCUCAAACCGACAUCAAUGUGUGCUCUCUGUAAAGUUAUGGUGCUGAUGGCAAGUGUGUGCGACAUGUGAUGAGCUUGUGAAUUCGGGAUGUGCCAAAUACAGUAACUUCACUAGCUAA